AUGAAAUCCGUGUAUCCUACCAUCAAUGCCUCGACUACCUUGAAGCAAACUGCAAAGGGAAAGGUGAUGAUGAUCACCGGAGCUGGCCGUGGCAUCGGACAAGCCAUUGCAAUAACCUUUGCCCAAGCCUCGGCGGCUAAGCUUAUCUUGAUCGCCCUGGAGGAGUCAGAGCUGGAAGAGAGCCGACAGAAAGUCCAGGAGAUCAAGCCGGACAUCCAAGUGUUCUUGCGCGCCCUUGACGUCCGAAGCAACGCCGACUUGGACACCUUCGUCUCGGAAGCCACUGCCUGGGCCGGUAAUCGCAUCUAUGUCCUCUGCUACAAUACUGGCAUGAACCCGCCCCUAGUACCCAUCGCGAGUGGCUAUCCCGAUCGGUGGUGGAUGGGCCUCGAGGUUAACCUCAAGGGCGUCUACCUCUUUUCGCGCCACGUCUUACCUAUCAUGCUGGCCCAAGGUGCCGGUCAUAUUAUCAUCACGGCAUCUCGGGCGGCGACGCGCUCAGAUGAAAGGAUGUCCAGCUACCAGAUCUUGAAGCUGGCUGCUACGCGCCUCUGCGACUGUAUCCAUAGAGAGAACCACGAAAUGGGCAUCCAGUCUUUCGCCAUCCAUCCGAGGGGUAUUGUGACACGACUGCUGACGGAUUUGGAGACCAAAGAGACCAAACCUUGGGCGUCAGUGGCAGUGAAGACCAUCCGUCCUAAGCUGCGCGAGGAAAUAUCCUUACCAGGUAAUUCGUGUGUACUUCUCGCAUCCGGGCAAGUGGACUUUCUGAGUGGGAGAUAUGCAGACUUGACGAUAAGCUUUGACUGCAUUAUACAAGAGCAGAAGACAAUUGAGGAGCAUGACCUAUUCAACAAAUUAUCAGCAUAG